GAGACGACCGCAUCCAACCACGCCUGCUCUUAUCCUUCCAUAUAUACUCCCAACAAAAUACAGCGCCAACUCAGUCAUUUCCGCAAGCUCAACUAUCAUAUCACAAUCGACGAAUCCUUGAGAUCUUCUUCGAUCUCCACACUUACCGAUCUGUUCCCCAACAGAUUUGACGAAAAUGGAAGGAGGAGCGUCGGCGAAAGUUAAAAUCGGGCGGUGGAAGAAGCAGAGGGGUUACAGGAGGAUAAACGAAGUGGCCGGAGAAGCGCGGCGGAGCAAGCGGCGGUUCUGGAGAAUUCCGGCCCGAUUCAAGCUCCGGCUGAACCUCCGCUUCUCUCCGAAAAAGCUCCUGAUCAGAAUCAGAGACGCUUAUGUGAAGAUGAUGCUGAGGAUUGCCAACUCGCCGGGCGUCGCCGGAUUCGCCGGCGGCGGCGCGCCGGGAUUCGGUGCCCGCGAACUCAGGGAGUACGAUGAGAAGAUGCUGGUCCAGAUCUACAGGUCCCUCCUCGUGUCCCAAUCUCAGGCCGAUAAGAAUUGCCUGCCGCCGGUAAUGAUUCCGAUCAAAUCCAAAGAUUAAACAAAAAACCUACUCCGUACUACUCUAAUAUUCAUCAGUUUCCGAAGUUAUCUUCGAAUCAGUUGUUCUCUCGCGAGUGGAAUUCAAAUCGCACUCAUUUAAAAAGGCAUUUAUUUCCUAAGCAUUCAAAUUGUAAAAAGAUACUCGUAUCUUAUUAAGUCCAUUUUAUUAAUCAAGAUUCGUGAAUUGGUAACUUAGUUUUUUG